GUGAACAUCAGAAGUGUACACUGAGGGAGUGGUGAGCCUGCGUCAUACCUUCAACUUUCCUUCUCACUCUCCUAAUCUCGUUUUAGCCUAGUAAAUAGUUUAUUGUCCGUUGACUAAGUGGGAAAAUCCAAUGGGAAAUGUGCUACCGCAAAGCGGAACUUUUUGAUCAUACACACACCGCGGAUUAUUUGACAGGGAACAGGGAUUAUUCAACAGGAAGAGCAUCUGAGGAAAAUUUAUAGAAGAAUUUCAUGGAUAUUUUAUUUUAGCAAAAACCUUUUUUUUCCCCCACCGGAAUAUCAUCCACAGGAAAGGGAUCGCGCUUGGUAUCUGUGUUUCCGCGGUAUGUCUGAGGACUCGAGGCGAUCCUUCACUCACGAGACGAGAUGAGACAGCAGGUGCUCGCGCUCAGCGCGCUCAUGUUUCUCUGUGCACCUCAGCCUGUAACUUCACAAACACAAGAAGUUUGCACGGGCACCAAGAAUGCUCUGAGCUCCACAGGCACACCUGCACAACACUACAACAACCUCAAGGAGCGCUACACCGGAUGUGAGAUCGUCAUGGGCAACCUUGAGAUCACACAGAUGGAGAGUGACCUCGACUUCUCCUUUCUUGGAAGUAUCCGAGAGGUCACAGGCUACAUCCUCAUUGCUAUGAACCAGUUCAGCAGGUUGCCGCUGGACCAACUAAGAGUGAUUCGUGGUAGCAGCCUGUAUGAGAAGGAAUGGUCCCUUUCUGUCUUCCAUAAUUUUGAGAGUCUCAGUGGCCUGGAAGAUCUGGGCCUCACCAACCUCACAGAGAUCUUGGAAGGAGGAGUACAGAUUGUCCAUAACAGGAAUCUCAGUUAUGCUCCAUGGAUCAACUGGCGGGACAUUGUCAGAGACAGUGAUGCUCGCAUCCAGAUCCAGAACAACGGAGGAAGAGGAUCCUGUGAUUCUGCAUGCGGAGAGUUCUGCUGGGGUCCACGUAAAGAUCAGUGCCAGAAAUUGACAAAAACAGUGUGUGCGCCUCAGUGUCAUGGCCACUGUUUUGGGACCAACCCUAAUGAGUGCUGCCACACAGAGUGUGCUGGAGGCUGCAUUGGACCAAGAGACACAGACUGCUUUGCCUGUCGACAUGUCAAUCACUCAGGCGCCUGCGUCCCUCACUGCCCUUGGCCCCUGGUGUACAACCGACAGACCUUUCAGCUGGAGCCCAACUCUGAAGCCAUGUAUCAGUACGGUUCCAUCUGCGUACCCAAAUGUCCUGGUCACUUUAUUGUGGAUGGCAGUGCAUGUGUGAGCAGUUGCCCUCCUGGUAAAAGAGAAAAAAAGAAAAAUGGCAUUAAGCAGUGUGAAGCUUGCAUUGGCCUGUGCCCCAAAGUAUGUGAGGGAACGGGAGCCAGUCAUAGACAGACUGUGGACUCUAGUAACAUAGACAGCUUUAUCAACUGUACCAAGAUCCAAGGAAGUCUACAUUUUCUAAUCUUAGGUAUCAAAGGAGACGUCUAUCAUAACAUACCACCUCUGGAGCCUGAAAAACUCAAAGUGUUUAACACUGUCAGAGAAAUUACUGGAAUUUUGAACAUUCAGUCUUGGCCUGAUGAACUCAGCGAUCUGUCUGUUUUCUCCAGUCUCACUACCAUUCAAGGAAGAUCUCUACUCAACCGCAAGAGGCCCUUCUCUUUGUUGGUGAUGAAGAUUCCCUCCCUCACGUCUCUAGGACUCCGUUCCUUGCGUGAGAUCAGCGAUGGCAGUGUGUACAUCACUCAGAAUAAAAACUUGUGUUAUCAUCACACCGUUAACUGGACCCAGAUUGUCACCAGUAACCGUGAUAAUGACAUCAAGGACAACAAACUCCAGAUCAAAUGUGAGGAAGAGGGCCAUGUGUGUGACCCACUAUGCUCAGACGCAGGAUGUUGGGGCCCGGGGCCUGAGCAGUGUUUGUCGUGCAGGAACCACAGUCGGCAUGGCACCUGUGUAUCCCACUGCAACCUGUACUCUGGAGAGCCACGGGAGUUUGCAGGACUGAAUGGAGAGUGCCUUGCUUGUCACCCUGAGUGUUUACCCCAAAAUGGAAAACAAACAUGCAAAGGAAAAGGUGCUGAUCAGUGUGUAGCAUGUUCGAACCUGAUGGAUGGCCCUCACUGUGUUUCUGCUUGUCCUAAUGGAGUGAAUGGGGAAAAGGGUCAGACCAUUUUUAAAUAUCCAAAUGCAGUAGGUCAUUGUAAGCCCUGUCACCUCAACUGCACAAGAGGAUGCACAGGCCCUGCACUCACAAACUGUAUAGAGCUCGACAGACUUGUGAACAGUUCUCAGAUCGCAGGUAUAGCAGUUGCUGUGUUUGCUGGUAUCAUCGUGCUCCUGGCACUGUUUGUGCUUGGUUUGCUGUAUCACAGAGGCCUGGCCAUCCGCCGCAAAAGAGCACUGAGAAGGUACCUGGAGAGUGGUGAGAGCAUGGAGCCGCUGGAUCCAGGAGAGAAGGGGACAAAAGUGCAUGCUCGCACCCUAAAACCACAAGAGCUGCGAAAGGGCAAACUUCUGGGCUACGGAGUCUUUGGCACUGUGAAUAAGGGCUUUUGGAUUCCUGAUGGAGACUCUGUAAAAAUCCCUGUGGCUAUAAAAACCAUCCAAGACCGCAGUGGCCUGCAGACCUUCACAGAGAUUACCGAUCACAUGCUUGCGAUGGGAAGCCUGGAUCACCCGUAUAUAGUGCGUCUCCUUGGGAUCUGUCCGGGAACAAGUCUGCAGCUGGUCACCCAGCUCAGUCCUCACGGAUCCUUACUGCAACACCUUCGCCAACACAAAGACAGCCUGGAUCCCCAGCGUCUGCUCAACUGGUGUGUGCAGAUUGCAAAGGGAAUGUAUUAUCUUGAGGAGCACUGCAUAGCCCAUAGGAACCUCGCUGCACGCAACGUGCUGCUCAAGAGUGACUACAUAGUACAGAUCUCAGACUUUGGGGUGGUAGACCUGCUGUAUCCAGAUGAUAAGAAAUAUGUGUACAGUGAACACAAGAUGCCAAUAAAAUGGAUGGCAUUAGAAAGCAUCCUCUUCAGAAGAUACACUCAUCAGAGUGAUGUGUGGAGCUACGGGGUGACUGUAUGGGAGAUGAUGUCAUACGGAGCCGAGCCAUAUGCAUCCAUGCAUCCUCAUGAUGUGCCAGGUCUACUGGAGAAAGGAGAGCGACUGGCUCAACCACAGAUCUGCACCAUAGAUGUCUACAUGGUCAUGGUCAAGUGCUGGAUGAUUGAUGAGAAUGUAAGGCCUACAUUUAAAGAGCUCGCCAGUGAAUUUACGAGAAUGGCAAGGGAUCCACCACGAUACCUUGUGGUGAAACCGCCUCAGAAUUGCGCUGGUGCAGAUGAAAGCCACCAACGAUAUGUUAAAAGCUCUCAUUUAGAGGGAAACGUGGAGGAGGAUGAUGAUGAUGAUGAGGUAUUGCAGGAUGGGUUUGCUACUCCUCCCCUCCAGCUGUCACCAACUAGAAGUCAUUCUCGCCUCCGUAUGUCCUCCUACAAGGGCACCACAGAACACACAACACCGAUAGGCUAUCUCCCCAUGACCCCAGGGGAAGACCAUAGACAGAUGAGAGCCCAGAGGAGGAAAAAGUCGGGCUCGGUGAGGACAGAGUCAGAGUGCUCAGAGGGCAGAGGAACCAUGGUGGACAUUGAAAUGGCUUCUCAAACAGGUAGUCUGCGCAGAGGCCGCAGCCGUAUGGACAGCGCCUACAUGUCCACCGGCGUGUCUGUGGCCUCAGAUCCGUUUUCUUCAGGUCUGGAAGGUGUAGACGAGGACCAUUAUGGAUACGUGUUGCCCACAGAAAGAGGUUCCAGAAGCACUGUUCCGCAUGGUAGGACAUCCAGAAACUCAAAGAGUGCUCUUCCACCACCAAAAACAGAUGUACAAGAGUACGAGCUAAUGAUCAAACAGCCCCCUCGGCUUUCUACUUCACCCACAGACAGCACUGAUGGUUCUUCAGCACUGUGCAACCCAUCCUCCCCUGCUUCUCCCUACACAUGCAGCAUUUUACCACAGAAGAGAGACACUGACUCAACACAAACCGAACAGUCAGAUAAGGGUACUAGUCCGCCUGACGGGGACAGUGUGGAGUCUGCUGCGGCUGCUUGUGAAUACAGUCUGGUUGGAACAGAAACAUGUACUACUGACGAGAACAAGUCUGAGAGCAGCCCUGAAGAGGAAGAGCCACCCACAGAGCCACAACCACAAGAAGCGGUGGUCGAGUAUGAAUACAUGGACAUACGUACAGACAUAAACCAGCAAAACAGUUCCCCGAGAAGUCCAGAUGAAGUGGAGAGUGACAGCAGAGAAGCGAUUUACCAAAACGUAAGUGCAAGACAUAAGGAGAGCGAGGAUUCUGAUCUCACAACACGGCGCAGUGAAUAUGUGGACAUGGAGGCUUCUGGGAGAACUGGCUCUGAGGACAGAGAUCAGGUUGAUUAUCAGAACUUUCCUGUAAAGGGAAGACCCGUUGUAGGAGAGGAGCCACAAAAGACUGGUCUCAGAUCCUACAUAAAAGUGUGUGCUGGAGUGGAGGCGCAAAACACUUCAUUUGACAACCCGGACUACUGGCACAGCAGACUGUUCCACAAGCAGGAUGCCGUUUGCACAUAAUUACUGACUUCAACUGACUAACAUAAAUAAUGUGAUGGAUCAGUGGUGGAAACAGAAUGGACUGACAGUUUCUAAGGACGUAUAUCUACCAUGUGUUCAGUAUUUGAACAUAUAAAUUUAUGCUAAGGUGCCAACAAAAUAUUAUACUUUAUUAUAGUAUAAAAUCACUUGUCUUGUUGAAGAUUGGCCUACCUCCACUUGUGUGUCUCUGAUGUGCAACUCCUGUGGUUUUGUAUAGAUUAAUGUUUAUUUUUUAAGACGAUGAUUUUUGUGUACUCAAUGAGGAACAAGUUUUUUUUUUGUUUUUUUCUAAACAAACAAAACAAUUAUUGUAUAUUGAUUUUUCUCUGUCAGUAAAAGUAAUCUUUCAAGUUUA